AUGGAACCAGAUGUAUUUAUUAAUUUGUGCGAGUCACUUAAGGUAUAUGGUAAACUGGAACACUCACGUUAUCUGACUGUCCAAGAGCAAGUUUGUAUAUUUUUGCUAACAAUUGGUCACAACGAACGAAAUCGUGUUGUCCAAGAGCGAUUCCAACAUUCUGGCCAAACCAUCUCCAAAUAUUUCAACCGAGUCUUGAAGGCAGUGUGUAGGCUUGGUAAACAAGUUAUAAGGCCUCCAGAUUUUGAUGAGGUGCCUGCAGAAAUUCGACAUAAUCCACGCUUCUAUCCUUUUUUUAAGGAUUGUGUUGGAGCAAUUGAUGGUACCCACAUAUCUGCAAGGGUGCCAGCAUCAGAGCAAAUACCAUAUCGGGGUAAGCAUACAGUUACAACGCAAAAUGUAAUGUGUGUUUGCUCAUUUCAUAUGCGAUUUACGUAUGUAUUGGCCGGUUGGGAGGGCACUGCAAAUGAUUCAAGAGUGUUCAUUGAAACCGUACAUGAUCCAACAAAUUUAUUUCCAAUGCCACCAACAGAUAAAUACUAUGUUGUCGACUCGGGUUAUACAAAUAUGCCUGGCUUUUUAUCGCCAUACCGUGGUGAGAGGUACCAUCUAAAUGAGUUUCGUAAUCAACGUCGACAACCAAGAAACAAGAAGCAAAUGUUCAAUUACCGACACUCCUCACUGCGCAAUGUGAUUGAGAGAUGCUUCGGUGUCUUGAAGGCUCGUUUUCCAAUUUUGAGAGACAUGCCUCCGUAUUCAACUAAGACGCAGAGAUACAUCCCCAUUGCAUGCUGUACAAUACACAACUGGAUAAGGACACAUUCUCAAAAUGACACAUUGUUCACUGAAUGGGCCAAUCCAGAUCGUAUCUUUGAAGAUAAUGGGCCUAGUGGAGGUGAUAGUAGCAGCUCGACACAUGCAGGAAGUAGUUCUCAGCAACCAAUUGACUUAGACAUUAGUCAACCCCAAUUACGUCAAAUGUCUGAUGUAAGGAAUCAAAUUGCUGGUCAAAUUUGGGAAUCUCUCGGAAACAAUUGA